AUGGCUAUUCAACCGUCGCCUGAAGCUGGACCAUCGACCCCUCCCAAUGGCAGACUCCCCAAUUACAAGCUGUGUCAUUCUCUAAGCGGGCAUUCCCGUGCGGUCACGGCAUGUUGCUUCUCAGCCGACGGCUCGGAACUGAUAUCUGCGGGUGCUGACGGGACUGUCAAUAUCUGGGACCCUAAGGUCGGCGCUCACAAGAGCUCUUUUCAAGCUCAUCGUGCUGGCAUUAACGACAUUUCCCUCUCGCCUGACUCGCUCUAUCUCGCGACAGCCUCGGAUGAUAAUACAAUCCUAGUCUUUCACACUACGUCCACAUCCACAGCUAGGCACCCGACGCCACUCCGGCGACUUGUCGGGCAUACAGCCCCAGUCCUCAGCGUCGCCUUUAGUCCCAAGUCCAACUUGGUAGUCAGCGGAUCUAUCGAUGAAAGCGCAAUCAUCUGGGACGUCAGGGGUGGUCGAGUGCUCCGGACUCUACCGGCGCACUCGGACAUGGUGUGGACUGUAGGCUGGGACAACGAAGGCGGGAUGGUCAUAACGGGCAGUGCGGAUGGCCUCAUACGUCUAUGGGACGCGAGUACGGGACAAUGUCUGAAAACCUUGGACAAUGAGUCGAAUUCUCCAUUUUCAUAUGCCGCGUUCACACCUUCAUCAACGUUUCUGCUCUCUUCCACCUUGUCCUCUACAAUAAGGAUCCACAACAUAUACACUUCGAAAGUGCUCAAGACACUUCGAGCGCCGGGGACAUUAGUCUCGGAGCGAUUCCCCUGUCCUGUGGUCAUUAUACCGGCUCUUGAAGGGUCGACACCUCUCGAUCGACCAGAUAAGCCUGAUGCUCCAAGACUAGGGUAUAGCGUCGACUCGCGGGCAGCGUGGAUAGGGAGCGGAUCUGAGAAUGGCAAGUUUGUCAUAUGGGAGCUGUCAUCACGGCGCGUGAUCCAAGUCCUGGAGACUCCCGAACCUAGCACUAUCCCCAGUCCCAUCGUUGCGGUUGCAGCGAGUCCAGACGGUCGGACGAUAGUGACUGGACAUCUCGAGCCGGAAAAGGUCAUUCGCAUAUGGCGUGACGAUGCAUGA